AGUGUCGUCACCCUCAGUACCGGCACUGCCAUGCUGCUGCGCGGAAGGUAGCCACGUCGUGACGCUUCAAAGCCUGUGCCAAGGGAAGAGUGGGCUUUAUAACAACCUUUUUCAAAGUUCACGCCUGUUCUGUGUCGAUAUACAUCCCAUCGAUGUCAAGCGACGCCGUGAGUUAUUAAAGGAAUAUUACAACGUGUUACAAAUCACAAGUUACCAAGUGCAUGAUCUACUGCACGAAUACGAGUAUGAGUCUCGCCUAGACACCCCAACACAGCAGCAAAACAAUAACUACAUUAAAAAAGAUGACGUCACAUGCAAGGCUUAGCAAAAUGGCAGCGGCGACGGCAACUGUGGCGGUGGUGGUGGUGGCGUGUUGCGUGGCGGCGGCAUCAGCGCAAGAAUCUACAGACGCUGCUGAGGUGACAACACCCAUCGACAGCCUCACCCCUGACGAAACGAACAGCCUGGCUGGCAAAGUCACAACUCUUGAAGUCGAUGAGCCUCCAGAUGAUGUGAGUACAGCAAAACCUACCACCACAACCACCACAACCUCCUCCUCCACAACCACAACCACCAUCACCACCACAAAAGAUACUGUUAAUGGGGAAAAUACUACUACCCAGAUGAAUGCUAACACUUCAGAUGAAGAUGUGGCCUCAGCCAACACCACCGACUCGACCACUCCCUCAGCGCCACCCGGCAACGCCACAGCAACGAAAGCUGAGGCGGCAUGUGGAGUGAACGCUGAGCUGAUAGGGGAGGAAUGUGUGUGCCGCCCCCCCUGGAUACGUGACCCCGCCAAACCCGCGUCACCUUGUACCUGCUCUGACCUAUGCCGCGAGCAAGGGAACGUCACCUGUCCGGCUGAGGGAACUUGUCGCCAGGUGAGCUGCAACCUGGCCACGUGCAUCUGUCCCGACCCCCUGGUGUAUCGCUACUCCACCGCCUCCUGCAUCAACCCAUGUGAGCUGUACGGAGACGCGGUUUGCGGCCUGGGCUCAGGAUGGAGAUGUCUGGAGGAGGACGAAGGUGGCAUGUUCACAUGUCAAUGUGCUGUAGGCUACACGCUGCAGGGGGGCGAGUGUCAAGACAUUGACGAGUGUGUGGGCGGGAAUGACGCUUCGCCUUGCGGCCCCAACGAGCGGUGUGUUAACAGCGACGGCAGCCACAAGUGUGUCUGCCUUGACGGCUUCCUCAGGACAGACAACGGCUCAUGCAUCAAUAUGGAUGAGUGCCUCAACCCACACCUGCAUAGUUGUGACCACGUGUGUCGCGACGCCCAGCCCCCACUCCUCUACACCUGUGACUGCUUUCCUGGACACACCUGGAACGAUACUCAACGCCGCUGUGUCCUCGACGACCCCAAGACCGCAUGUGAGUGUGGCCCGCCGGAUAGGAGCGUGUGUUAUCGAGCCCCCGAAGGAGACGAACAGUGUUUCCCGCGGCCCGGAUACAUCAAGAACGGCACUGCUUUCCUCGACGCGUCAGAGUGCGGGAAGCCGAGCAGCGAGCGGGCAUGGUGCUGGGCGCGGGGCGAGUGUGUGGAGGGGGUGGGCAGCUCCCUCUGUGUGUGUGCCGAGGGCUUCACCAGCAGUCCUCCACACGCUGCAGAGUGUGCACGUGUGUCGUGCCCAACGGGGACGCUGUUGGCCGGAUCAACAUGUGUCGACCCGUGCACAGCAAUGCUCUGCCCGUCGCCCCUCACUUGCCGGACGCACGGAGCCACCGAGCCGAGCUGUAUGUGCCUCAGUCGCUGCCUCAACCUCUUGCAGCCUGACAGUAAUUUCAGCGUCUACCACGGUGUCUUCAUCGCCUACGGUCUGUCUAGCGACAACGACACAUCUCGCCGCGUCGUAAUCGCUCUCGAGGAUUACUUCGGCCUGGACAACGCCGAGGUCGUCUCCGUCACGCGUGCAGACUUCAGCCACAACCUUACAGAGUCUCAGCCGAUCAAUAUCAGCGUCGAAUUCGCGUUGGUGUUCUCUUUGGCCAACUUAACCAACGAGCUGACCGAGGUGAUCAAGAGCCAGUGCCGCGUCGUGGAGAGUCACUCCGGCUUGUGUGUGUUACCCGGCGGCCUCCACCUCGUAAGGGAUUCUAUCAAGCUCAUAGACAAAGACCCGUGUAGCGACAGUCCCUGCCCGAGUGAGCACAAUUUGGCGUGCAGGGUCAAGACGAAUGUUACGGGGCGCUUCGUUUGUGACUGUGCCCCGGGCUUUCAAAAGGUGGACGUUCCCGACUCCCUGGGCUAUUGCCAAGAUGUGGAUGAGUGUGCGGGUGAGGCGCAACCGUGCCACGACCACCAGGACUGUAUAAACACUCCAGGCGGGUUUACCUGCAGAUCGAAGUUAUCUUUGCUUGGACAAAGUCCUGAGGCUAUCCAGAAAAUGGCCAUCGCCUUCGGUGUGCUGUUCUUCGUCGCCCUCUUGGCGCUGAUUGCCGUGCUCUGCUUACUCAAGAAGAAGCACAAGGCCACCCGGGAGCUGGUGCCCAUGACCACAGGCUUUGAAAACGCGUCUUACAAGUAGCGAAGCAGCAGCGCGGGGCGAUCACUGGGACCAAGCCAUGCAGACUGCCGUCUGUCACUGCACCGUUGCCAGAUUAUCGUACUCAGAGCAUCAAAUUUACCGGUUUGAGACCCAUAACUAUUGCCAAGAAACACCAUUAAUUAAACAUUUUAAUGAUAACUAUAUAUGAAGCCAGUUAUUGGGGUGGAGGAGACAGUUUUUUGGUCAGAAAUCGGCAGAUAUAAGAGCAAGAGUACGACAAUCUGGCACCGUUGUGCCGCUGGGUCAGCCAGGGUGGACAAGGCCACGAGGAGGGUGCCCUGGUUGCAUGACUCGAUACCAGUCGCCGGGAGGCACAUAUCUUGUCGUAUUACAGUAUCUAAAAGGAUCAAAAUGGAUCGUCAGAGAAAUGCUUAAAAAGUAAAACCGUGUCGCCGUUAGAAAAGGCGUGGAGCGCGGCAACGCGACGUGACGAUGAGGUUGUGGUAACACUACGUAAUGGCGGCGGCGAUGAUUGAGAUUGAAUUGAAUUGAAUUGAAUUGAAUUGAAAUAUUUAUUGUUGUAAAAUAGAACAAAGGGGAAUGGAUGAUCAGUGAGAAAAUAUACGUGGAAAUUAACAGAAAAGUUUAUUUUCUUGUGUGAAUUACAGAACAAAAGAAUGUGAGUGCGGAACGUUUAUAUAUAU